AUGUGAGAGGAAUCAGAGCAUCAUUCAAAUGCGCCCUUGACAUUCAUGUUCAAAAUAUUGUUUCAUGCCUUCAUGUAAGAGUACCUUUCUAACCUGAUGCAUUUGUUCUGCAAUUAUCCAAGAACAUCUACGAUGAACAAUGCAUUCGCCACAAAAUGUGUUGAAUCCUUGACUCGGGAAAUACAUAUUUGCCAACUGGACAUUAGUAAAAUCGCCAACCGUUAUGCGGCGAACCUUCAACUAUGUUCCUCUAACAUACACAGACAUGCUACAUCUUACCUUGUCAGAAUUAUCCACGCCAACAUGAUCACCUCUGGAUUCAAGCCCCGGGGUCACAUCCUGAACCGCCUGAUCGAUGUGUAUGGUAAGUCCUCAAACCUCACUUACGCAAGACAACUGUUCGAUAAAAUUCCACAACCAGAUGUCAUUGCAAGAACGACCAUGAUUGCUGCCUAUUCUGCAUCCGGUGAUCCUGCGCUUGCUUCAGACAUUUUCCAUAAAGCCCCUCUAAUCAUGCGUGACACUGUUAUAUAUAAUUCCAUGAUCACAUGCUACUCACAUCACAAUGACGGCCAUGCUGCCAUAAAACUGUUUAAUGACAUGAAAAGAAAGAACUUUUUGCCUGACCAGUACACAUACACAAGUAUGCUUGCCGCUUCGGCACAUAUAGCUGAUUGUGAAUUGCAUUGCCACCAGUUACAUUGUGCUGUUAUCAAGUCUGGGACUGGAAAAGUUACAUCUGUGGUGAAUGCACUUAUGUCACUGUAUGUGAGAUGCGCAUCUUCUCCAUUUGCAUCUUCGUUGCUGUUAAUGGACUCAGCUAAGAAGCUAUUUGAUGAGCUUCCCAAGAGGGAUGAAUUGUCUUGGACUACUAUCAUUGUGGGUCUUAUAAGGAAUGAUAAUGUUGAUGCUGCACGGAAAGUGUUUGAUGGGAUGGUUGAGAAGAUACUCGUGGCAUGGAAUGCAAUGAUUUCUGGGUAUGUUCAUAAGGGUUUUGUCUCUGAAGCAUUAGAACUUUAUAGACAAAUGUACUUGCUAGGAAUUCAACAGGAUGAAUUUACAUAUUCUAAUGUUCUCAGUGCAUGUGCUGAUGCUAGAUUAUUUCUCCAUGGAAAGCAGGUACAUGCUUACAUCAUAAAGAUGGAAACAGAAGCUAAAGAUCAUUUCCAAGUGUCAGUAAACAAUUCUUUGAUUACAUUAUAUUGGAAAUGCAGUAGAGUUGAUGGUGCUAGGAAAAUAUUUGAUUCAAUGAUCACAAAAGACCUGAUCUCAUGGAACACAAUUUUGUCCGCCUACGUGAGUGCAGGGUUAGUUAACGAAGCUAAGCUGUUUUUUUCCGAGAUGCCAGAGAAGAACUCCUUAACUUGGACAGUGAUGAUAUCUGGAUGUUCACAAAAUGGGCUUGGGGAAGAAGGUUUGAAGCUAUUUAACCAAAUGAAACUAAAUGGGUUUGACCCAUGCGACUAUGCUUUUGCAGGAGCCAUUACAUCUUGUGCAGUUCUUGCUGCAUUAGAAACAGGACGCCAGGUCCAUGCUCAGAUUAUUCGUCGCGGAUUUGAUUCAAGCCUCUCUGCUGGAAAUGCACUCGUUACGUUCUAUGGACGGUGUGGAGCCAUUGAGGCUGCACUGUCUCUGUUUCAUAGGAUGCCAUGCGUUGAUUCAGUAUCUUGGAAUGCUAUAAUUGCAGCCUUGGGGCAGCAUGGUCACGGUGCUCUUGCAAUAGAACUUUUUGAAGAGAUGUUGGAAGAGAAUAUAACUCCUGACCGCAUAAGCUUUCUAACAGUUUUAUCUGCUUGUAGCCACGCAGGGUUAGUUAAAGAAGGACACCAUUAUUUUAAUUUAAUGCAUACCAAGUAUGGCAUUAGCCCAGGAGAAGAUCACUAUGCUCGCUUUAUUGAUUUGUUGGCUCGAGCCGGAAGGUUCUCAGAAGCAACAAAUGUAAUCCAGAGUAUGCCUUAUAAACCUGGGGCACCUAUUUGGGAAGCUCUUCUUUCUGGUUGCCGACUUCAUGGAAAUAUUGAGCUGGCAGUGCAAGCUGCAGAUCAACUAUUCGGCUUGGUUCCACAACAUGAUGGAACCUACAUACUUAUGGCUAACACGUUUGCUUCUGCAAACAGAUGGAACGAUGCUGCCAAUGUGAGAAAACUAAUGAGGGAACGAGGGGUCAAGAAGGAGCCUGCCUGUAGUUGGAUUGAAGUUGAAAACAAGGUCCAUGUAUUUUUGGUGGAUGAUACUAAGCAUCCUGAGAUUCAGGCAGUUUACAUGUACUUGAAGGAAUUAACAAUAAAGAUGAGGAAAGCAGGAUAUAUUCCUGAUACGAAGUAUGUGCUGCAUGAUAUGGAGAUUGAACAAAAGGAGCAUGCCCUGUCAACUCAUAGUGAAAAACUUGCAGUUAUAUUUGGUCUUUUGAAGCUACCUCGUGGUGCCACAAUUAGGGUAUUCAAGAACCUUCGUAUAUGUGGGGACUGCCACAAUGCGUUCAAAUUAAUUUCAAACUUGGAGGCAAGAGAGAUUAUAGUGAGAGAUGGAAAGAGGUUUCAUCAUUUCAGAGAUGGUGAAUGUUCAUGUGGUAAUUACUGGUGAUCAGACUGGAAGUUCACCUGGACCAGCCAAGGAGAAGAAAUUUGGUCGAAUGAUAUCAUCAACUGCUCAUUUGCAUCACUUUGAAUUUCUAGGAUUGAAAUUUAUUAGAAGACGUCAACAAUUCAAAAGACGGAUUAUGCCCUCAUAGUAAUAGAGGAUUUCCCGUUUGGCUAAAAUACAUGUCCUGGAUAGAAUUUAGAACCGACAAUGAGCCCUUCAAGAAGAAGUGAAGAAGGAAGGGUCAUUGUUCAUAAAACUCUAUCAAGAUAUCUUUCAAACAUUGGAAGCAUUUGCUUAGAAAUUUGAUAUGAGGAAUGGUUCUCAUGUUGUUGAUCACAUACUGGCGAUUGCUUAUGUACAUCCUUUAUCUGAGGCAGGGGAUUGCAUUGCUUAGGAAACAGUUGGAUGAGCAAAGACUAUAUUGAGCUGAAGGGUCCCUCCAGGCAAGCCUUCCCUUUUCAUUUUUUGACAUGGCCGCUCCCAAGACUUUAACCAGUGCACCACCAAGGCUCUCCUUCUGUUUUCUACUCAGCAUGAAAACUUAGUCUCGAAAGCCAUUAACUCAUAAAGUAUUGAAGUCGGCUGGGAAAGGCUAGAACAGUACUUUGGCGCUUGCUCCUGCGUGAGACUGUCAAGUGCCAAUAGGCAUAACCCAAUGCUCAAGGACUGCAAAAUACAAUGCUUUAUAUUUGAUGUUUUCAGGCCGGCUAGGCAGAAGUUGUAGACGAACAGAAAGGGAAGUGAGUAAUGGAGGCAAGACAUUUGAGCUUAUUGAGCCAAAUUUGUUUGUUUGUUUUAUUUGGGUGGAGAAAUGGAGUACUGGCUGGAGAUGCUGAAAUCCCUCUGAGAAAAAAAACAUGGAGAGAAAGACCGUGCCUAGGCCUUUUGCUCUGUUUGUUUGGAGGGUAGUGAGUAGUAUAAGUAUAUACUCCAUGAGGGUUAUCUUUAAACCUGUUUGGGGGGAUAAAACUUAAAGGGCAAAGCAUGUGAUAUACGUUUGGGGGGAUAAAACUUAAAGGGCAAAGCAUGUGAUAUACGUUUGGGGGGAACCCUUAACCCUUACUACACCUCUUAUUGUUGAUUUUCUUACCCACGGCUCGGGCCUCGGGGUAUGACCUUGUCGGCACGCAAAAUGUGCAUCGCACCUGCUUUCAUUCUUUGGUCUUCUUCCUUGCUGUUACAGUAUCUUUUUUAGUUUUUACUUUGGUGAUAUACUGAUAUGUAAUGCCGUUGCAUUGAUUUGAUUCAGGGACUAAAAAUAAAGUAUUUCUAAUUUGAAAUUAUCAAAAU